CGCGAUUCUAGUGAGGUAGUAGAGUAGGGCUGUACGCGCUUGUAGAUUAUUUCAUUAGGCGACAUCAAAAAUAGUAUAGUGACAACUCGAAGAAAUUGUAGCUAACCCAGAACAGGCGGUAGCGGCAUGGUACACAGCCCGUGCGGACAAACUUGGAGAGUCGUUCACGGUAUUUAUCUACAUUUAUCAGUGAAUAGGAUAACGACGAAGAACCAGGCAGUGCUUAAAAAUGAAGCGUAAUGGUACAAACAGCGACGUCGAUGCGCCUUCGAAAAGAUCUAGAGAAAGUGUUGCCAUGGAGGAGCCGAGUCAAUCUGCAUCAUCGCAACUCUGCCGGAAUGGAUGUGGUUUUUAUGGAAGUGCACAAACUGAAGGCAUGUGCUCAAAAUGUUAUAAAGAAAAUGUACAAGAGAAAAGUAACUCAGGAAGAAAAUCACCAUCUGCGCAUUCUAUUGUUUCAUCUGUAAAGAACGAUAUUUCACCAUCAAAUAAACACUCAGAAGGAUCUGUUUCAAACGCAAUGGCUUCUCUUGCAACUAGUGAUUCCUAUUCAAGUCAUUGCAGCACCCCUGGGGCUUCAUCAACUGAUACAACGCAAGUUGCUACAACAAGUGUUUCACUGAUGCCACCAACCUCGGAUAAUUCCUCAGAUGUUGAUUCACCUUUGAUAAAAGCUGAAGGCAUUUCCUCCUCCCCAGUUUCCUGCCCAGGGACGCCAGGAUCCGAUGAGUCACCGUCGAAGCCAAAAAAGAGUCGGUGUGCUACAUGUAGAAAAAGGGUCGGCUUGACAGGUUUCAACUGCAGAUGCGGCAAAAUCUUCUGUGGAAUCCAUCGUUACUCCGACCAACAUAAUUGCGAUUACGACUACCGGGCUGACGCUCAAGCCAAAAUCCGAAAAGAAAACCCUGUAGUUGUUGGUGAAAAAGUCCAGAAGAUCUGAUUGUUUUCACUCAAAUCAAAAAUACUAUCAACAACAAAAAUUUAGAAUUUAAAAUUACAAUACCGUAGAUUUUUCAACCUCGACUACAAUUUUUUUUUCUUUCCAUAUCUUGUUCGACGGCUCGCUUGCUCAUGAUUUUAAUCUUGUAUAAAAUAUUUACACUCAAAUUUGAUUCUUUUUGUUUAUUUUAGGCCAAUUUGUUUUACAUUACUUUGUUUUUGGCAACAACAGAAAAAAGAAUACAGGGUCCGAUUUUCUUGCAAUGUUGUUUAAAUGAUAAAAACUUUUUACGGUGGGUGUGUCAUCUGAACCGACUUGACCCCGAUUUGUUGGAUUUCCUUCACUUGAGUUGAUGACCAAUAUUGCUAACGCUUCAGGAAUAAUUUUUAAUAAUUAAAAAUAUGCGGUCAUCAGUUAUACCAUUUGAGUGUGUUUGUAUGUAAACCACCAUUUUCUCAUUUUGUUUUCUUUUUGCAUGGUCGUCUUUCUCAUAUAUUUGUAUACUACAGUAGCUUAUUCUUUAUUAGAACUUGAAUUAGUAAAGCAAAGCGGCCACAGGCCUCAUUUUUCUUUUCUUUUUUGUGGUCUCAAUACAAUUUAUUCAAGUAUUAUCGUCUAUCCACGGGUCGUUAGUGUAAUCUGUCGAUUUUUUUUUUAUUUUAUCCAAAAAUUUUCCGUUUUUAAUUGAAUAAUUUGCAGAUUUUCUUCUCGUGGGCCUGUGAUCAAUUGGUCAUAACAUACACUAUUUAAAUGAUUAAUGCAUGUUUUUAUCAGCAUUAUUCAUAAGAACAAUACUAGUAUGAAGAGUAAAAAAAUUAAAACGGGCUCAGCUUAACUAGCGGAUUGCGAUGACCUAAACCCAGACAUGGGAAUGAUAUGUCCACAUUAAUUUUAAAAUGAAUUCUGCAAACUGGCCUUUUAAAAGCAUUGUUGAAGAUUUUUGCUGGCGGAUGAUUAUGUCAGAUGCAACUGAUUGUAUGAUUUUUAAAGAGCAAUAACUCGGUAUUUCAUCUGGAAAAACGCGCUUAUUAAAUCAAUAUAUGUGCUGGAUUUACUGAUUACUUUCAGGUAAACCUACUUGAACUGACAUUGAAACGUAAACACACAUGUUUGUCCUUCAACAUGGACAGUGACAUAGGAUUACCAUCUUCGCCUCUCAGAAUGGCUUGUCUUUUACUGUAUAAAUAUCAAUGUAAUAUACAUGUAAUAUUAUCAAUUAACUCUAGAGUUGUCGCUUGCAAUAGUUAUUGUUCGGGCUGUCAAUUCUACUGCUCUUGGUAUGUUAUACGGAUUUAAUUAGAUUCAAUCUAGAACGAUGUUCAUUCCGGACCGAUAUUACCCGGAAAUUCACUUUCAUUUGCCAAUCUGCGUGAUUAGAAUUUUAUUUUGCUAAAAACUUUCAAUUCUGCCAUUAAAAUCUGUUUUGACUUCACAUCCAAUUUAUGUAAAAGUGCACUUUUGUUUUGGUUUUUAUUUUAUUUUCCCGUAGAUCCCGGAUUUUGCUUUUUUGUUGUUGGUGAUUGAUUUACUAUUCUCUUCUUUAUAUUAAUUCCAUAUUUUGAUGUAUCAAAAAUGAUUGUUUUUUCUUCUGAUUUGCUCUGUAAAGUUGGCUGGGGCUCUUAGUUUAUUUCAAUUAUACCACAUAAUAUAUCUUUUUCUCCUAAUACAACGCUUCACACUAUCAGCUAUUUUUUAGUUUUAUUCACUCCAGUUUUAGCACAUUUUUCGUUUUUUUUUUGCUCAAUUAUUGAAAUAAAAAUUGCUCUCAUUGCUAUCCCGAUUUCACUCUAUACGAGACUAAUUUAAUCCAUGAAAGGCCUGUUUGUUGACAGGUAAAAUGUUUCUUUUCUAUGGAUAGAUAUCUGAAGUAAUCUGUAGAACAGAAGGUUGUUUGGAUUAAUUUCACUGGUGAUUUUAAAAUUUGUAUAUCGGCAGCGUUUUAUCAUGAUUCUAUAUGUCUUCUACUACUAUGUUGUUUUGUGCUAUUUAUUUAUUUUUCAUCGAUGAUACUCCGCUUUUUUGUCGUUUUUGUUCUGAAACGAGUGAUCUAUUUCGAGCCCGAUUA